UAGUAUUUUUAUCGCAUCCGAGGAGUGGGUAGCGAGUGGAGAUUCUAUUUUUUCGUCUGCGUCUUGUUUCUUGGCGUUCCGUUUGCGUGCGUUCCGCGGUGCUUUCGUGGGCUUUGUCGGGCAAAUUCUUGCGAAGGUUGAACCCGUGUCGGUCGAGGGACAUAGCCAAGUGGUAGCCAGGGCCAGGGCGACGUUGCUGAGAGCGAAUUUCGGGGUGGAAAGGUGUUGCUGGUGGCUGUCAACUGCGACCCGACUCGGCCGUGUGAGACAACACUGCGCGGCCACCGCUCGCACGAAUGCCAAUUGUGUGCCGCUGCUUGUGUUUAAUGGUUCUCGUCGUCGUCAUUCAUUGAGCUCAUUAUUGGGAGUAGCGGCAAAUCGCUCGUUGUCCGUUUGCGUUUCGGUUUACUUACGUUUACUUGGCGUAAUCGCAUCGUACACAACACAAUCGGUAUCGCUAUUAGAUUGUGUUUUUUGCGUUUGACGGCCAUUUAUAAAAUAUGGAGCGAAGAGAGUGUGUAAUUAAUUGGCUUUUAAUGAAGAUUUUGUGCGGCGUUUGUUAUUUGUAUUAAAAGUAAAAAGGAGUGUUUAGGACGUUGUAAGAUUUGCUUUCCGAUUGGUGCGCGGUGCUGAUUUCCUCGUCUCACGUUCACACCACGGGCAACCCUUCGUCGAGUCGGUGAUUGAUUCGUGACGUUUCUUUUGUUUUGCGUGUUUUAUUUUUGGAUAUUUCCUUGACAACAUUUCCCUCGUUUGUUAUUGAGUUAUUCACGUUAAAUAAUUGUUAUUUGUGUUCCCGAUAAGAUCUUGUUACUCGAUUUACACUAGCUAGAGAUAUCGUGAGUGGCGAAUGGUUGUGAUAAGGACCGCAGUUAUUGCAUGAGAAGACACGGAAUGAAUUACAGCAAUAAGUUGCGAAUCUCGCUGGUCGCUUCUCGCAACGUUUGUGGAAAUCGAUAAUUAGGCAUAGAUGAGGUGACGAGGGAGUAGCUCCUUACCAAAGUGGAUGAUAUCAACUGCACUUUCCUGCACACGAGGAGUCGUAGUUUCGUUGUACUUCGACAAGGAUUCCUCUAAACUUGAGCUAUCCUACACAUUACAUACUCAGAAGAAAACCGCAUCGUUCAUCGUGGAUUUGUUUCACUUGUUCGACCAACGCCAGAUUGGUUCCCGAUCCAGACACAAUAACCAUUCAAAUUAGAACGGGCUCGCGGUGUGUGUGCGAAUAUUAAUCGAAUUAGUCACUUGAUUUGAGAUCUAAAAAAGUUGAAGCAGACGAACAUCGGCAGCAUGCAAAGCGAGAAAAGUGCGGAGUCAGGUCGUCAAGUAUCGCCGAAAUAGAAGUGAAUGCGUGACCAAUUUUACAUUACAUAAAGAGCAUAGACAAACAACAACGAAGAAAAACGGUCUCGCCACUCCAUCUGCUUCAGUUCAGUGAGAAAUUUCCCUUGGAGUUCGUCAGCCGCACUAGCAACUCCGUUUACGGAAUAUUUUUCCGAAUCGUUGAUCAUCAUUACGCCGCGGAUCUCCAUAUCGCCGGCGAUAUCGCGCGACCUAAUGUGCUAGAAAACGAAGAGUGCAGUGCAGUUAACAGACACUCAUACUGGUUAUGUUCGUUGACCGUUUCAUGAUCGCUUUGUACGUUCCAACAAUCUAAAAAAAUUUACUAACGUGAGUGUGCCUUCGCAUUAUUUCCCUCCGCACUCGCAAUCCCUGCACCACAGUCAACAUUUCGCUGGUGAAAUCAUCUUUAUUACAAUAUCUUUCACCAUCGUCAUCAGCGGCCAGGCAACUACAUCAUUGCCGUUUCGUUAGAAAGAACUUUGCAGCAAAGUCAGACCAGUAUCAUCUACAUACACACCGACAUAUUAGCAGCAGCAGAAGCAGUACCCGAGCAUCUCCUCCACAUCACCAUCGGCGGCUCCACCACCUCGCGACCAUCACUGGCUUCAUCUUUUUCUCCAUUCGGAAAGUAACAGCAACGAAUUUUUCUCUGAUUUCUGGUUUCAUGGAAAAUGUAGCAGCAGUUCGAUAAUAAUGAGCGCAUGCUACUUAUAUAUGUCCGCCGGCGCCCAACUGCAGAUGGCACCCCAGACGACGACCAUAGCUCAUCAUCAACAUCACUCGCAUCAUUUAUCUCAGCAACAACAGCAUCAUCAAAUUCAACAGCAACUACAUCAUCACCACCAACAACAGCAGCAGCAGCUUCAGCAACAACAGCUCCAGCAGCAACAGCAGGCGCCGCCCCAUCUCCAGCCGCCCUCGUCUUUGCCGCCACCCCACUCUGCUGCCGCGUCCGUAGUCGGUGGUGGAAUAGUUCCUCCUGCGAACAAUCAAGACUCAAAUAUGAGUACAGGAUCGUCACAUAGUGAAAAGGAUGCGAACGAAUUGGUGGGCUUAGUGAUUGCAGGCGGACCGGUGCAUGGGGCAAACAAUGGGACGGGCGGUGCAGGUACCCAGACAAAUCUAAUGUCAGUGAGUGGCCCUGAGAAAUUGCCCCGCACGCCCACCGAGCGUAAGCGGAAACGGAAAGCGCCUCCUGCGGAUGAUUCAGGAGGCGGUGGAGGGGGCGGCGGUAGUGGCUCUGCCGCGAUAUCGACUGUAAGUUUAGGAUCGACAAAUAUUAAUUGUAAUUUAGGAAGCGGGGAAACCGGACGAUGUUUAGGUGGUAGCAUGUCGGCCAUGAGCGGUAGCAAGGGCGCCCGACUAACUAUGCCCCUGAAUGAUAGUAAGAAAAUUAACGAAUACUUCACUAAGCAUACAGCGAGUAGUCCCAUAAGACCGCAUACGGGCGCGAAAAGCCCGUCACCGUCGCAGCACGGGCAGUACCCCAUGUUCCCGCCUAGUCCCCAGACCCAACUCAAUCCAUUGGUCACCGCCACGGUGGGUGGAGGUGGCAAUGGACCAAACACGCCGGGUGUUGUUAAUUCCGAAUUUCACUAUAAAAAUCGUCAAUCUUCCAAUAUUGUUCCUCAAUCACCAGUUUCGACAAUGCCCUCACCGCUCAUAGGUGUCCCUAGCGUUGUCAGUAACUCAAAUUCGGUGGUCGGUAACUGCGGCCCACCCCCACCACCACCGCCCCAGAUUGUAGGGCACCAAUCACAGUCACAACAGCAGCAACAACAGCAAAGUCAGCAACCGCAAAUGUCAGUGCCGCAACAACCGCAGCAGCAACAGCCGCCACAGGUCCAGCAAAACCCGCCCACGAUACAGCUCCAAACACGGGCCACUCAGACGGAUCUUUCCUUCCUCGAGAUCCAAGAGCGUGAUUCCGAUUUCGAGACGAGCAAGACGAAAAUUGACGAGUUGACAAGGCUCUCGGACGAGCAGAAAUGUCAGAUAGCAACACAUCAAAAGAGUAUCGAACAACACAAAAGCCACUCGAAUAAGUGCAUCGAAGUUGUGAAGAAACUCCUGAAGGAGAAAUCCAGUAUUGAAAAGAAGGAAGCCCGCCAAAAGUGUAUGCAGAAUCGUCUCCGGCUAGGUCAGUUUGUCACGCAACGAGUCGGUGCAACAUUCCAGGAAAAUUGGACCGAUGGCUAUGCAUUUCAAGAACUAGCCCGGCGACAAGAGGAAAUCUCAGCGGAACGGGAAGAGAUCGAUAGGCAAAAGAAACUUCUAAUGAAAAAGCGGCCCUCAAACGCUGAGACAGGUCGGGGAAAACGUAACAAUAGCAAUGCAGUGGGAAACACAUCGCAACCUGGUGUGUCCGCUUCUGGCAGCACGUCUGCAAGUAAUCUCCACAAUGGAUCAGAUGCUGCAACGUUCCUAAAACCAGAUCCUGUGUCGGGCUACACAGCACAGGAAUAUUAUGAAUGUGAUGAAAUCUUAAAAUUAAGACAGAAUGCGCUGAAGAAGGAGGACGCCGACUUGCAGCUGGAAAUGGAGAAGCUUGAGCGCGAACGUAAUUUACAUAUUAGAGAAUUGAAGCGAAUACUGAAUGAAGAUCAGUCACGCUUCAACAAUCAUCCUGUGUUGAACGACCGAUAUUUACUGUUAAUGUUACUGGGGAAAGGAGGCUUCUCGGAGGUCCACAAAGCGUUCGACUUGAAGGAGCAAAGAUAUGUUGCAUGCAAAGUACAUCAGCUGAACAAGGACUGGAAAGAAGAUAAAAAGGCGAAUUAUAUCAAGCAUGCAUUACGAGAAUAUAAUAUUCAUAAGGCUUUAGAUCAUCCCAGAGUAGUUAAGCUGUAUGAUGUCUUCGAAAUAGACGCAAAUUCAUUUUGCACUGUGUUAGAAUAUUGUGAUGGACACGAUUUGGAUUUCUAUCUGAAACAGCAUAAGACAAUACCGGAACGUGAAGCUAGAUCAAUAAUUAUGCAGGUUGUUUCAGCACUGAAGUACCUGAAUGAAAUUAAACCUCCGGUUAUACAUUACGACUUGAAGCCGGGCAACAUUCUACUGACGGAGGGUAACGUAUGCGGUGAAAUAAAAAUAACCGAUUUCGGUCUAUCUAAAGUUAUGGAUGAGGAAAACUACAAUCCGGACCAUGGAAUGGAUUUAACAUCUCAAGGCGCUGGAACAUAUUGGUAUCUACCACCCGAGUGUUUUGUUGUAGGUAAAAAUCCACCAAAAAUUUCAUCGAAAGUCGAUGUUUGGAGCGUAGGUGUUAUAUUCUAUCAAUGCUUAUAUGGUAAAAAGCCAUUCGGACAUAAUCAAUCGCAAGCCACUAUUUUAGAAGAAAAUACAAUUUUAAAAGCAACUGAAGUUCAGUUUUCAAAUAAACCGACAGUUUCCAGUGAAGCGAAGUCUUUUAUUCGCGGCUGUCUGGCAUAUCGGAAGGAGGAUCGGAUGGACGUUUUUUCGUUGGCGAGGCACGAAUACUUGCAGCCACCAAUUCCAAAACACGGUCGCCAAGCGAUGAACCAGCAGCAGCAGCAACAACAGGGACACCAGAGCUCGUCGCAGAACCAAGGGGGUCAGAGCAGUGCGGGGCAAACAAAUUUCUCAACUGGAAUGUUUGGAAAUCUAAAUCAAAGCAGUUCAUCCUAGCUAUCAAAGAGAAACUCGAAUUCGUAAUUUCAAGUCGCAGCCAUAGCUAGUUCAAAGAUAGCACCAACAAACACGAGUCGCAACAACUCCACUGCAGUCGCAGCUGCCACCUUAAUCUCGAAUAAGAAUCGCUACAGUAGGAGACGGAGAUGAUAGGGCAGCUGCUGCGAACACUGCAAACAUUCAUGCUUCAACAAAAUCAACGAAUUUCGAGAAUGGUCACGCGAAAACAUUCAAGCUGGACAACAAACAAGUUCACGGACUCAACAGCCCAUCAAUUGGACGGGCGCACGGAACCCGUAAUUACAGAAAGGCCUAGUGAAAGUUCAGUGCAGUGCGAAACCAACUACAAGAAUUGGGAUCAACCACUGUCCUUCGAUUUAAAAAAAUAAUACACAUGUGAUUCCGAUAUGAACGGCGGUUAUGUUGGGAGGCGAAAGAUAAAUAUAAUGACGCCAGGAGCAACACAUUUUCAGAGAAAACUUAGGAAAAGUAUUGCAUUGGAUACGAGAGUAGGUGAGAGUGAAAUUUAUUAUCAAAGCAGUUUGAUAGGAGCAGGUCAGAGGAGUAUCGCAUUCAAAUGAGGUAUAAGUCUAAAUGAAGAGGAAACAAAUUGAAAUAUGAUUAUUACAUAAGUUUAAGUUUGAAAUAUUCUAACAAUUUAGUUAGUUAUUAUGUGAAUGCGUCCCAAACUUGUAUGAAUGCUAAUGAGACAAUUUAUAUUAAAUUUUUAAAUUAAAAAUUUAAACACAACACAUUAUAUAUAAAUAUAAAUAAAAUCUAUGAAUACUAUUAAACAUAUAAAUACGUUUAAAAGUAAAGGAAAAUGAUUUAAAAGUAAUGAGUAAGCUUAAGGAGAAGAAGAAGUAAAUAAUGAAUAAAUGUAGUGAUAUACUUAUAAAUAAUAAAAAAUAAAAAAUUAUUGAACAAUAAAAAGUAAAACAAUUUAUUGAUAUGGCAGUAAAUACUAUCAUUCUGAUAAUUCAAAUAGAAAGGAGAGUAACGUCACCAUUUACAGAAACCAAUCAAUAUCCACAUAAAUGCAUAACGCGAGAUUUCUACCGAAAUCGCAAUCUCUCAAUUAACGUAUUUCAAAAAUUAACUUUCAAAACAAUACAAUAUGAGAACUGAACGAUAAGGCGAUCGAAAAUUUCUUCUUUGCAAGCUACAAGUUAAAUAUUUUAAAAGAAAUCAAACAAGCGGACACAACAGAAUGUAGUAAAACGGAAACAGUUUCGGAUGGAACUUGUGAGUGAUGCGUAGGCGCAGUGAUGAACAUUUGGUUGAUUUAUAUGAAUACGGACAGCAAUAUACAUAUAUGUACAGUACACAGUUAUCAUGGAAAUUAAAUAAAAGGAGGAUAUAAGUAAAAAAUUAACGAAUAAGAAUGGCGUGUUCAAGGAUGUGACGGUAGAAGCGAGGUCAUGCUAGCGAAGAGAAAAUGGUUGAAAAUAACGUUUUAAAAUUAAAUAAAGUACGAUAAAAUGAAAAUACUAUUAUUAUACAUGCAAAUAUCUUUUUCACUUCAAGUUCAAUGUUUUUUAUUAUUUUCAUUUUUUAAUUUUUAUUAUUUUUCUAUAUUAUUUUUAACUGAUAAUUAAUUUAAUCGUUAUUCAAAUUAUCCUGAUAAGUUAUAUAUUGAAGUAAUAAAAACAAAACAAACAAAAAAACAACAAAAACAAAAAACAAAAUUAAAUUAUUUUUCGAGUAAACAAGAAAAAAUGCAAAAAAUUGAAACAAUUGAUAACAAGAAAAGCUAAGAAAAAAAUGAGAUCAACAACAACAACGCUUUCAAAGAAAUUUGCAAGUCAGUAUACAUAAAAAUAUUCAAAUAAAAAUUCAAAUUGAAGUUAGAAUCAAAA